AUUAUUUUUCAAACAACAACAGAAUGGGUUUGGCUUGAAGUUUGGAAACAUGUCUUUGGGAUUGUGAGAGAGAAAGAGAGCAGUGAGCAGUCAAAGCAAAGCAUCAGUAACAUUAACACUAACACGCGAAGAGGUGUGGUACUUUGAAAUUUGAAUCGCUGAAAAGUCAUAGUGACUGAAAAAGGAAAAGGAAGAUGGAGAGUCCGCCUUCAGCUGGUGCCGCCUCUCCUACGGUGGGGAAGAAGAAGGAGACAAGGGGCCGAAAGCCCAAGCCCAAGCCCAAGGACGAACAACACACCAAGACCAUCAAAGAAGGCAAGAAGACCCCCCAUCAGCAGCACCAUCAACAACACCACCACCACCAACCUUCGGUGGACGACAAGUACACUCAGUGGAAGUCUCUUGUUCCCGUUCUCUAUGACUGGCUCGCCAACCAUAACCUCGUCUGGCCUUCUCUCUCUUGCCGGUGGGGUCCUCAGCUGGAACAAGCUACUUACAAGAAUCGCCAGCGUCUAUACCUCUCUGAGCAGACUGAUGGAAGUGUUCCAAAUACACUGGUCAUUGCGAAUUGUGAGGUUGUUAAGCCUAGGGUCGCAGCUGCAGAGCACAUUUCACAGUUUAAUGAAGAGGCGCGCUCUCCAUUCGUCAAGAAGUACAAGACCAUUAUACAUCCAGGAGAGGUGAAUAGAAUUAGGGAAUUGCCGCAGAACUCUAAGAUAGUGGCUACUCAUACAGACAGCCCUGAUGUCCUCAUUUGGGAUGUUGAAAGUCAACCUAAUCGUCAUGCUGUCCUUGGAGCUACAAAUUCUCGUCCAGAUUUGGUGUUGACUGGACACCAAGACAAUGCGGAAUUUGCCCUUGCAAUGUGCCCAACUGAACCCUAUGUGCUUUCAGGAGGAAAGGACAAAACGGUGGUGCUGUGGAGUAUUGAAGACCAUAUAACAUCUUCUGCCACAGACUCCAAAUCAGGGGGAUCCAUUGUCAAAUCAAACUCCAAAUCUGGCGAAGGCAAUGAUAAAUCUGCUGAUGGCCCUUCUGUUGGACCACGAGGUAUCUACUGUGGGCAUGAUGAAACUGUGGAGGAUGUGACUUUCUGCCCUUCUAGUGCACAGGAGUUCUGUAGUGUUGGAGAUGAUUCUUGCCUCAUAUUAUGGGAUGCUCGUGUUGGCUCUAGUCCUGCAGUUAAGGUUGAAAAAGCGCAUAAUGCUGAUCUUCAUUGUGUUGACUGGAAUCCACAUGAUGUUAAUUUGAUUCUUACUGGGUCAGCAGAUCAUUCUGUUCGCAUGUUUGAUCGCCGCAAUCUCACCUCUAAUGGAGUUGGAACACCAAUCCAUAAAUUUGAGUGUCACAAAGCUGCUGUUCUUUGUGUUCAGUGGUCUCCAGACAAAGCAUCUGUAUUUGGAAGCUCGGCAGAAGAUGGUCUCUUAAACAUUUGGGACUAUGAGAAGGUUGGUAAAAAAAUAGAGCGCUCCGGAAAAUCCGUAAGUUCUCCUCCAGGGUUGUUUUUCCAGCAUGCAGGCCAUAGGGACAAAGUAGUUGACUUCCACUGGAAUGCACAGGAUCCAUGGACAAUUGUUAGCGUCUCUGAUGAUUGUGAAAGUACUGGUGGUGGGGGAACAUUACAGAUAUGGCGCAUGAGUGAUUUGAUCUACAGACCGGAAGAGGAGGUUUUGGCGGAGCUGGAGAAAUUCAAAAGCCACGUUGUGGCGUGUGCCUCGAAGACCGAAAAAUGAUGAUAUAUUCCCAAUUCCUAGUCCGAGUUCGUUCCUUCCUUCCUUCCUUAUGAUCUGGACUAUGGAUAUUAUUUAUUUUUAUUUACAUUUUGCCCUGGAUUUUUGAUAGCUUUAUAUAAAUGUGGUUGUAGGGAGAAAGGAUAAACUAGGAACAUUAGAUUGCGGCAUAGAAUGACUAAGGCUUUGUGACUAUGUUCCUUAAAUUGGAAUCAGUUCUGCAUAAAACUUGAAUGUCAUGGAUCCUUGGAAAUUGGAAAUAUUAGUACAUUUCUCAGUUCUUCAA